AUCCGCUAUAAUGUCAUUAUUCAAAGGCUGCCUUCAAUGGUAGUAGUCUUGCUGUAUUGAUUCAAAGCAAACAUUCAGCUGAUGAAGGAGGGUAGAGCGAUGAACAAUGAAGUCAUCAUACCUGACAGUGUAUAUCUCUAUGUACCUGGCAGUUUGUCAUGGCGGCUUUCCAUACUACGACUACUUGGAUAAAGUGAAAAACCAUCUACCAACAGAUUAUUUGUUCAAGAUACCUCUGUUAGAUUCCACUUGUAAUGAGAUAAGGGACAAUUAUCUACAAGUCAAAUGGACUCUAGGAUGUCUGAUUCAGAGAGAUAAAGAUAAAAAUACCACAGUCUAUUUAGCAAUUAACCACUUAUUUAUAAAAUUGAAGCAUUGCCAGGAAUUUUCAAAGAAAAGAUGUCAUCUAACUGGCCAUCUCCAAUAUGUCAGUGUAACACAGUUCCGAGAGAAGUAUAGUGAGGCUUACGAACUCCAGGAUGAAAUGCAGCAUGAUUACGUAUCAUGUAGAUGUCCAAGUACAAGCACAGCUGUCCCAACAACAGAAAUAUUGGUGACAGCUUUUGAACCGUCUCCAACUUCUAUGCAAGCAACAACACAGGGUGAAAUUGGAUCAACAAGUUACCCAUCGCAGUCAACUGCUAAAACAGAUAUCCCAACAAGAAGAUCUAGAGACAUAACAAAAGCAGUGGCGGUAUCAACACAUAAAACCGAACCGGACAGGGGACUACUUUUGACCACCGCAUUGCCAUUUAUUUUCAUGGGCCAUAAGUCAUCAGAAAAGGCAGUGUUUUCAGCAAUUGUGUUUAUGGCUAUUGCUAUUGUAUGCUUCACCUUUGCUACUCUUUACCUGGCGGUUAAGAACAGACAACUAAGGAGAACACAGUUACAGGCAAAUAUUGCUUUGGAACAGCAGACUGCUAACCAAGAAGAAACAGAGCUUCUAUAGGUCACUCACCUGAAGAAAAUCCCAGUGGUUUCCAAUGACCACUGGAAAAUCCCAACAAUUCACACUGCUGCCACUCAGUUUGCCUGUGCACAUAAUAUAUGACUCUAAUAUUGCAUGGUACAGCAGAAAAAAAAUAUUUUGGGGUGAGUCUCUCAAUGUAUACCAACCAAGAAAUUGCAAUGUUGUGCAAUAAAAACAAACAUGUUGAAUCAUUUUUUCAA